AUCACGGAUAUUUCUAUGAGGCAGCGGCUUCCUGCGCCCGGGAGCAGCGUCACCCUCACCGUACACCACCGCCGGCCGGAAGGGGCGGGACGCUCUGUCAGCCGGACCUAUCAGGGCCCUGCCGGAAGCACGCCUCACUUUGGGCAGUUCGCUGGGCGCGCGGAUGUGAGGGUCCCGGCGCUGUCCGGCGGGGCGAUGCCGGGCAGGCGGUCUUCCAAGGAGAAGAAGCGGCGCCGCUCUCGUUCUUGCUGUCCGGAGGGAGCGUCGGGGCCGGGUGGCAGCGAGAGGAAGCGUCGGAGCACUGAGUCCAGUCACGGUGCUGCGGAGGAAGCCAAAUGCAAUGCACCGUCUGGAGAAAAAGUGGAAGAAGCUGAGCAACCCAGUGAUAUCGAAGAAGGAGGAUUAGAUCUCAGUGUGUCACUCAAGCCUGUCAGUUUCUACAUCACAGAUAAAAAAGAAAUGCUUCAACAGUGUUUCUGUGUCAUAGGGGAGAAAAAACUACAGAAGAUGCUGCCUGAUAUUUUAAAGAGCUGUUCCAUGGAUGAAAUCAAAAGGCUUUGUUUGGAGCAGUUGGAGCUGUUAUCUGAAAAAAAACUGUUGAAGAUACUUGAAGGCAAGGUUGGAGCUGAUUCUGAUACUGAGGAGGAGACAGAUGGAAGAGACAAGACUGGAGGUGAAUCAGUCCGUCAACAGGACAACAGUAUAGACUCUACUUCUUCUCUCAGAGAGGACAACAAGCUGGAAAGUCAGGAAUCAAAACAAGGCAAGGGAGAAGAUAGUGAUGUCCUCAGCAUAAAUGCAGAUGCAUAUGAUAGUGACAUAGAAGGCCCGUGUAAUGAAGAAGAUGGUCCAGAUGUGCAAGAAAACACUGCCAGAAGUGGAGCUGGCCAAAUAGAUGACCUUGAAAAGGACAUUGAGAAAAGUGUGAAUGAGAUACUGGGGUUGGAAGAGUCUAGCCCAAAGGAGCUGAAAGCUGCAGCCUUAGCCGUUCCUCCGCCAGAAGAUGUUCAGCCAUCAGCACAGCAGCUGGAGCUUCUGGAACUUGAGAUGAGGGCCAGAGCUAUUAAGGCUCUGAUGAAAGCUGGUGAUGUAAAAAACCAGCCCUGAGAUUUAGGUUUAAUCUCCAGUACUUGUUCUGGAGGAUGUGAUGUCUGUUCUCUUCACUGACAUUUGGGUUGGGUAUGACAUUCCUCAUUCAAACCAUCUUGUGUAUUCUGUCCUGUGGCUUAAACCACUGACAGCUGGUUUUAUUGACUUUCAUAUGCUGUGUCCGUCACAUGCAGAGUGGUUUAAUGCUUCGCUGAGAUCAGGUCUCUUUGUGCUGGGUUAUCUUCUCAGGGAGUCGCACCACGUAUAUGAAAUAUGCCAGGAACCUGCUUCCUUCCAGAAAGAUGAGGAGAAUCAAGUUCUUUGUAACCCUGUGGUUAGAUAUGGGGAAGAAAUUUUUUAUAAUGAGGGUGUUGGAACCUGGGAACAGGUUGCCCAGAGGUGGUAGAUGCCCCAUCCCUGGAGAUAUUCGAGGCCAGUCUGGAUGGGGCUCUGAGCAAUCUGGUUUCAGCGAAGGACAUCCCUUCUCAUUGCAGAGGGGUAGGACUGGAUGACCUUUCAAGGUUCCUUCUAACCUAAACCAUUCUAUGAUAAAUUACUAUCUAUUUUAUUUAUUGUUAACUUGUUAAACUACUUGAGAAACUUGAUGUAUAUGUACUUUAUUAAAAAUAUCAUUAUUAAGAGGUCUCUUGUCAUGUGACUGCCUUCAGCGUUCUGUGAUGGGAUUUGAGAUUGCUUAUUUCUCCUUGGGGCCCAGCUCAUCAUAAUUUAGCUAUUCUAGUCAAAAUGAAUGAUGAUUCACUUAAAAGCAUACUUAAUUUUUAGAAAGUGCAGUUCCUAAAGGGACGAAUUUUUUCAUUUCAAAUAAACAGUUGAACCAUAUUAUUUUCAGAGUUACAAAAGUGCCUGAAACAGACAAAUAGCAGGAUUCUUGUAAUGUUGGUAAUUUAAUUUUGUCACUCUCCACUGCUCUUCUAUCUCCUGUGUCAUAAAUGAAAUUAAAAAAACCACGUUUUUUUUCUUGACUAUAAAGCUUUUUUUGUGAAUACUUGGUAUAAUAUUUAGGGCAAUUCAGCAAGUCAGACUAUUUAGAAGACCUUGUGUUUUUAACAUUUAAUGAACACAGUCCUGUAAAUAGAAAAAUCCACCUAAUUUCAGUGUAUAUAUAUAUAUAUAUAUGUAUGCUUUUUUUUAGAAAGGACAUUUAUUUAUAUCUCUUACGAAGGUUUUAAAAUAGUAAUUCUGCUUUUAUUCUUGUCAAGGGUAUUUCUCUGUAUGUAAAUUGUAUUAUAGGAUUAAUUUUUCUGCUAUGACUUCUUACAACAAUAAAAAUAAUUCUGAUUAUCUUCAGAGUUAUUGCUGGUUUUAUACUUAACUGCUAAUCAAAUGCCUAUUAAAAUAUGUGUGUAUUUGUUUACAUUCACACACAGAAAUUGAUUUUUUUUAAAAAAUGUAUGAAGUUUACAAAUGCAGUCCUUGUUAAGUAAAAUUAUGUAUUAUUGC